AUGGCUGAAAAGUUGUUAAUAAGAGCACUGCAGGGUGGUAAAAGCACUAAAAUUGUCACCUUAAACGGAAAGAAGAUGACAAAGAUGCCCUCAGUGUUAGGAAACCUGCCUGGGCUGAAGACACUGCGCCUUCAGAAUAACCUAAUCCCCUACGUGUGCCCAGAGAUAAGCGCCUUGACCCAGUUGACGGCACUAAAUCUGGGAAACAACCUUUUAGAAGAAGUUCCAGAGGAGAUGAAAUACCUUACAUCUUUGAAGACACUCCAUUUGUUUGGAAAUAGGAUUCACAGGUUUGCAUCCGGAGCAUGUGAUGGCUUACAAAACUUGAUCCUGCUUAAUCUGAACAACAACCAGCUCACAUGGAUUCCUCAGGAAGUCAGCAGAUUAAGAAGCCUUACAUAUUUGAGUGUAAAUCAUAACCAGCUAGCCAGCAUUCCUAGGGAACUCUGUUUCCUUAAGAAUCUUUCUGAACUUCAGCUUAACUACAAUCAGCUCGUUUGCAUACCCGAAGAGAUUAAGUUUUUGAAGAAGCUCCAGAAGCUUCUUCUGGUCCGGAACAACAUUGAAUCUUUGCCAGAGGGACUUUGUGAUCUUCUAAACCUAAAAAUCCUAGACAUAGCUGGAAAUGUUAUUCAAAUAUUUCCACCAGGAUUUCAAAAUCUGAAGCUGAGAGAGUUCUACUGUGAGGGAAACCCACUGUUCCUGAAGAAGCCGGUUCAUGCUGUCAAGCAGGAGGACAUCUGGAGUUUACAGGAAAUAACGUCAAGAUUUAUAAUGAAUCAGCUAGCAGAAAAGAAUCAUUUCCUAACGCGAGCCAUAGAAUGGUACCCGCAAGUCAGGAGCAUGAUCUCUCAGGGAAGGAAAUGUGCAAUAUGUGGAAGGUCCUUUUUAACCAUAUGGCUGGAAUGCGUUGAAUUUUUUCCUCCAUCAAAGAACUGGAAAAUAAGCAGAAAUCUACAGCUGGUCCCUCUUCGAAUAUUAAUUUGUUCUUAUAAAUGUUUUGAUCAACGUGGCCCUAACCUCUUUGGAAUUGCUCAAGUGUAG